GGCGGGGCGCGGCGCCUGCGCGGUGAAGCCGGGAGGCGGCGCCUGCGCGCCAGAGAAGCCGACGCCGCUGCUGUGGGACGCGCAUCUUUCCCGGUCCGCUCAAGUGGCUCGAGCCCUCCCCCCGGCCCCCCCCCCGCCCCCUUUCGCUCUCGGUGACCCCCCCCCCCAGCCGGGGCGCUCACGCGAUGCGGACACGCGCGGCGGCCUCCUCAGGCUGAGGCGGAGUCGGAGGCGCCCGGGGCGAUGCUGCGCAGCCAGGCCCGGGGAGCGACGAGCAGCCGCACGGCAGGUACAAGAAAAUGGCCAAAAGAAACGCGGAGAAGGAGCUGACAGACCGGAACUGGGACCAGGAGGACGACGUGGAGGAGGUGGGCACGUUCUCGGUGGCAAGCGAGGAGGUCUUGAAGAACAGAGCCAUCAAGAAGGCCAAGCGCCGGAGCGUGACCUUGGAGUCUGAAAGCGGAGGGGCUUUUAAAGGGUUCAAAGGCCUGGUUGUACCCCGUGGAGAAGGAGGAGGGCUUUUCGGCAAUGGCACCAGCAUCAAACCUCUGGAAGGCCUGUCCAACGGUGGUAACGUGUCUUGUGCUCCGACCCCAGCCCCUGCCAAGGUUACGGCAGAAAAGAAGGUGACCUUUGGCCGUGUCACAGCCAACGGCCCAGUGUCUCCCGUGGGAAUGGACAAGGCCACCAACGCCAAGACCAAUGGGGACAGCCAGCAGCCUUCCUCCUCCAGCCGCGGUGCCCCGGGGAAGGCCUGCAGUGCCAGUGCCUACCACAGACAGCUCGCUGCCUUAAACUGCUCUGUGCGAGACUGGAUCGUCAAGCACGUGGACACCAACCCGCUCUGCGACCUGACACCCAUCUUUAAGGACUACGAGAGAUACCUCAUGAGCAUCGAGCAGCUGUCCGGCAGCGGCAGCAGCAGCGACAGUAGCUUGGAGAGGGAGGCCGGCCAGCAGCUCCUGGUGACCGAAGCUGGGCCUGCACCGUGUCAGCAGCCCCAGGACGCCCCCUUUGUAUUUGAUCCGGACAGAGGCGAGGGGGCCACCGACAAGCAGGCAGAAGCUCCGUCAGAGAAGAAGGCAGCCCCAGCUGUGGGAGCAGCCUCCGUGGCCUCCUUCCACUUUGGCCGCAAAGUCGACAGCUCGGUCCUGGGCCCCUUGGGCGCCGGCCCCAUGGCAAAGUUCUCCUUCUCUCCUGGGAACUCAGGCAUGUUUGGCAAAGAUAGAGCCCAGCCGAGUCCUGUCUCUUCCUUCACCAAAAUGCCAGUGAGCCACCCGGACGCGUCUGCUUCUGAAAGCAAAGGUGCUGAAGAGGAAGAGAGCGAGGAGCCACCCAAAGCGAUUAUCACCGAGGUCAAAGAAGAUGAUGCCUUUUAUUCCAAAAAGUGCAAACUCUUUUACAAAAAAGAUAAUGAGUUUAAAGAGAAGGGUGUGGGCACACUGCACUUGAAACCAGCUGCCAAUCAGAAGACCCAGCUUCUGGUUCGAGCUGACACCAACUUAGGUAACAUCCUCCUGAAUGUCCUGGUUCCACCCAACAUGCCGUGCUCCCGAACCGGCAAGAACAACGUGCUCAUCGUCUGUGUCCCCAACCCGCCCAUCAGCGAGAGGAAUGCCACCGUCCCCGUGACGAUGCUCAUCCGCGUCAAGACCACAGAGGACGCUGAUGAGCUGCACAAAAUCUUACUGGAGAAGAAGGAGGCAUGAGGGUGGCGGAGGCCUCUGAUGCAUUUGCCAAGCUGCUGCUUUAUUCCCUUAAACUGAUUUCUUUUAUUCUUAACUUUCUACUUUGACAUUCUGAGGACUUACAGGUAUUCUGAAAGGUUUUGUGGGGGAAAUUCCUAUGGCCAAUAAAAAGCUUUAACCGAACACGGGACGGCGUCAGGAGAGUGUGUUGCCUUCCUUCUGGGGAAGAGCAGCUUUGCGCACUGCCCCGUGGGGCCCCCGUCUGCUGGUGGCUGCUGGACCUGCCCCCCUCAGAGCCUGGGGUCACAGCGCCAGGCUCAGGAAUCACCUUCCCAGCAUGUGUGCAUUUAGGGCCCUCAGCCCUUUGGUCAGGGCGUGGGGGUGUGGGGGGCUCUUGUUCCAGAGGGAACGCUGAGCCCCAACUGCUGCCCUGUAGAUGAGGACAACUCAGCAAUGAGGACCCUGUUCUAGCCCCAUGGGUGAACGAGGCUGACAGGAAGAGGAAGCGGACACAUGCCGUUCUGCAGGGAGAGUCCCUGGGGACUGACUUGCUUUGCUCUUGUGGGGCUGUCCUGAGACCCGUGGUGUCCCUUGUAUCCAGUCCCCCCACGCCACCAUGUAACCUUGGGAAGCUGGUGAUGGUUUCUAAAAGGUGAGCUCACAGUUAGGGACCAGGGAUUGCUGAGGUUUAAAGCAGUGUAUCCCAUGGUCCCAGUGCUUCAGAAGGGGGACACGGACCCUUUUUUAGGGGCUCUCGCUGAUGGGUUGGUUUGGCUGCCCCCUGGGCCCUCUUCUGAAUUCCCCAUUUACUUCCCCAAGGGAGGGUCUGGCUCAGGUAUGGACAAUCUCGACAUGUUCUUGGUCCUGCAUUGUGUGCUAUGUUGUGGGGAGGGGCAGCACUCCACUCCUCAGCAUCUGUGCCCAGGAAAGUGCCCUGCGGAUGGGUGUGGUUCACAGAAGCUUCAGUGACCUCUGCCCGGGUGCUCAGACAGGCGUUGAGUGAGAAUGUGGGGGGCAUGUUUGUCUUUUUUUUUUAAGUUAGUGGGUGUGGUGGUUCAGCCAUGGCUGUUUCUGUGAGAACAGUAGGGAAAUAACCUGGUGGGUGACAGCCCGUGGCCAAGACUCGGGGUGACUGGUGGGUCAGCCAAAGGUUGGCUUCUGGACCCCCGGGCAGGUGAUUGACUUCAGCUGUGUUGAGGCUGGUUCCUUUUUCAGACCAAUCGAUAAGCACUAAGUUGUGUGUAGACUGAGUUUGAAAGUUAGAUAUUGAGCAUCUGCCUGUGGUGAAUGUGGACUUGUCCUGGGGCGGGCUGACACCUCUCCCGGCUUCACAUUCCCUGGCACAGAAGGCAUUUUAUUUUUCAGGUGUUUGUCAUUUUUGGCAUCGAGGCGUGUACACGCCAGUGUGCACACAUGUCCCCACUUUGAUUACGUGGUGUUACCCAGGGCCCUUGGGUGUCUUGCCUGUUUGUCGUCUAGGCUGCAUGCCAAAAAUCUACCCCUUGCGGGGCAGGCAUGGAGAAGCUCUGCCCAGAAAUGAGCCCCCCCAACCAAGCCCCUGGAGGUGAAGGGGCAGGGCCCUUAGGAGAAGGGUGGCAGGGGAGCAGAGGUCAGGCAGCCUGGGGUGGGUGAGUGGUGCAAGCACAAAGGCAGGUCCGGGUGGGUACAGGCCUACACCCUGGCAGCCCUGCGUGGGCCAGGGGCAGGUGGCAUGGUGCCUGAGGUGGGCGGUCAUGUGUCCUUCCUCGCACUUAAGCGCAUCCCUGGAAAGCCCAGAUUGUAAGCAUCACACAUGGGAAGCUCGAGGCAUGCUACCCACUAGUUGAUUUCUGGUUUUCUGGGGGGAAAUCCUUUUCUAAGACCAAACCCUUGGACUGUCCACUGUCAUUUCUUGGUUGUAUCGCUUUUGAAUGGUCCCGCUGGGUACGUGUAACAAAUCCACAAAAUGUGAAUAAACGGAAGUGAACAAAAUCAA